GCUCGCAGCCAGAUGGUUCAGAUGGACUCAAGCAAGUCCGGCUUUGUCGGCUCCCAGGUGGAGCUGCGCUGCAUUUUCAUCAACAGCAACCCGCCGGUGAAGAUCUCGCAGGUGACCUGGCAGAAGCUUCUCAACGGCACCAAGCAAAAUGUGGCCAUUGCCAACCCAGCACUGGGCGUCUCAGUGCUGCCGCCUUUCAAGGAGCGUGUCAGCUUCAAGCAGGCUGCCGUGCGCCACCGCACUCCAUCGCUGGAAGACACCACUAUCGUCUUCUCCAAUCUGCAGCUGUACGAUGAAGCGGCGUACAUCUGCGAGUACACAACCUUCCCGGCAGGCAACCGCGAGAACAUGGUCAACCUCACCGUUUUCGCUCGCCCAAUGACUCGCAUGACCCUGACCACACCCACCAUCGUGGCCCGAUCCCAGCGCCGCAAGAUGACGGUGGCCACGUGUGUGUCGGCCAACGGCAAGCCGCCCAGUAUCAUUAGGUGGGACACCAGGCUGAAGGGAGAAGCCACCUUCCAGGAGACGCGCAACCAGAAUGGCACGGUGACCGUGCGCAGCAACUAUGUCAUCGUGCCCGGCCGAGAGACACACAAGCAGAAGCUGACCUGCAUCGUCACUUACCGCAAUGAGAGGUUCACCGACAGUGUGGUGCUCAAUGUACAGUAUGAACCCGAGGUGAAGAUCGAAGGCUUCGACGCUAACUGGUACCUGAACCGCCAAAACGUGCAGUUGACCUGCCGGGCUGAUGCCAACCCACCUGUCACCAUCUACCAGUGGAAACUCUUGAACGGCUCACUCCCGAGCAACGUCGAGAUCAAGAACAACAGCCUGUUCUUCAAGGGCCCCGUCACCUACGACCUAGCUGGCACAUACGUGUGCGACGCCACCAACGGCAUCGGCACGCGCACCGGCAUUGUUGACGUCAACAUAACUGAAUUCCCUAACAACCCACCCGGGGGCCAUGAGAUCCCGCCGGAGCAGCACACUGCAGGUGUGGCCAUCGGGGUGGCGGUAGGGGGCGUGGCCCUUUUGGGGGCCGCCGCCAUACUGCUCUUCGUGUUCCUGCGCCGCCGCCAGCGCACCUUCAAGGGCGACUACAGCACCAAGAAGCACGUGUUUGGCAACGGCUACAGCAAGGCGGGCGGCGGCGGGGGACUUUCGGCGCACCCCCCCAUGCCCAAGAACCUGCAAUACCCGGACGACUCAGAUGAUGAAAAGAAACCAACACAGACCGGAGGCGAGCGCGACUUUGACGGCGAGGCCGAGGACCUGAAGAGGCCUUACUUCACGGUGGACGAAGGCGAGAGCCGCGACUACGAUGAGCGGACUCUCGCCUUCCAGUACGACCCCGAGCCCGAGAUAGCCGACGACAUGAUCUCCCAAACCGACGGCUCGGUCAUCUCUAAGAAGGAGUGGUACGUGUAG